CGCAGAGAAAUUGGUGACAAACAGAAGUACUGAAUCGAAUAGUAAAAUGAAGUUACAAAGUUUCUAGUUUGAAAUACUUGACCCUUGUUAUCUUUACGACUAAUUACUCAUUCCUACUAAUCGUAUGUUUCAUUAUAUUAUUUGAUUAAUGUAGCUUACAAAAAAAUAUAAUUGAACAAAAACAUCAAUAAUUUAUGUAUCAUGAACAAGAAUUCUGUUAAUAUUUAUAUAAUGUAUUGUAAGUAAUAAGAAACAGAGAUUCGCAAUUACUAAAUGAUCCAAUUACGGUUAAUGAUUUACAAUGUUACUGGUAGACUACGAGUGUGUUUGUAAUCAAAACAAUAAUAUUUUUAUUACAACUACAUUAUUGUUUGCAGUACAUAUCGUUCGUAGCGUCACUUAAAAAUCGUUUAGUUUGGUUUACCCUUUAUGUAGUGUUAGGCCUUAACAAGACUAUUAUAGUAAAAACCGCACCGGAAACAGUAAACGGUACAAUGCAUGUAUUACUCCGUGCUAUUUGUUAGUGUGUUUUAAAAUAUUAUAAAAUAAUAAUGUUACAAUAACAAUCGAGGUGGUAUUCAUAGCAAAGUAUCUUGUACUGUUUAUCGAAAACUGUGUUUUUGUAAACAAACUCGCGCGCUCGCAUCCCGCCCCGCCACCGCCACCCGCACCCGAGCCGGCGUCCGGCUUGGCGGCCAUUGUGUUUUUGACCAGCGAGCGAGCGCAGUAUUGCAGAUUGAAUUUGAAGUGUUUUUCGCCUUUUUGGGUUAUUAUUACAAAACCAGUGACGAGAUGGAUGAUGACAUUGACCAAGACGUCCCUCAGUUAUUAAAGCAGUGGGGUUUACCCCAAUAUAUUCAUACUUUUCAAGUAAAUGAUAUAACAAUAUCAACCCUGUCAAUGAUAGACAGAGGUCUCGCCAAGGAACUAAUCCCGUCCAUUGGGGAUCGGGCCAAAUUCUUAAAAAAUUUAGAUAACUGGAUCAAAAUAACAAACCCAGAAUGCCCAGAAUUCAGCAGCUGCAGCUCUCCGUUGAAAAAUCUACUCUUAAAAUCGAAUGAAGGACAAGGCCUGCUAAAUUUAUAUUCAGAACAAGGCAAAUUAUCAAAUAAUGGGCGAAGAAAAGUUUGCAAUAUAAUAAUAAAAGACCUAAUGCAAUCAGACCCAAAUAAAAGAAUAGACAGUUCUCUACUUCUUACAAAAGCACAAGAAAUAACUGAAGUAUUCAAAAAGGAAAAUAUAAGUACUUACUUUAUUCCAUACAUUAAUGAUACUAAACUUAAAAUAAAAAGAUGUGCAAAAGGCAAAUUAUAUGACUGUCUACAAAACAGGCGCCGCGAAUUAAGGGAGGCUAAGGUUAUUAAAAAGAAAAAUGGCAGCAACAUCAACAAUAACAGCAACGAGCCAGAAGUCGUCGAAGAAGAUGGUGGUGCAGAUGAAGAUAUCCAGUGGCUCCAAAACUGUACAGAACCCUGGCAUUUAGUGAUAGAGAAGUGGCAAAAAACUUCCAAAAAUAGAUUGAAGGAAAUAGAGACUUCAGAAAUGACCAUCGGAGCAUACAUUAAUAAAUAUCCAGUGUUAAAAACGCCACGCGGGCAUGAGCUUCUUAUUGAAGAUUUUCAAUUUUUAUACCCAUUGUCAGGGAAUAAAUUAUUUGAAAUAUUCCCAACAAUAAAAAAUAAUAUAUUCAAGGUGGCUCUAUCUAAAACCCAAGUUACUGAAGUAAAAGAAAUACUGGAACAACUACAGCUUCUAAACAAAAAUGAUGAACAUUAUACCAAUCUGCCCAUUAAUUUUCAUACUGAGGAUGAGGCACAAUCUCCAGAUGUCGAACCGCCACUUCAAUCACCAUCACACCAGCAAAUCAAUUCGCCGUCAUGGCCAGUUCCUUCGCUGUCACAGAUUCGGUUUUUCGAAACCAUCCUUCACUUGGCAUACAAGAUUCCUGUACAAAAAUGGCAGUUAAGAUCUGAAAAUGACAAAGGUAUUGUUAAACAGAAAAAGGUAGAAAUACAAACAAAAUUUAGAGAGCAAAUGGGUCUACUAGUUGAUGUGCCGAAAGCUGGUUUUGGCAAUACCAAUGAUGGAAAUACUAGUAGAAGAUUUUUUGCCAAUCCAGAAAUUGCUGCUGAAAUCACCGGUGUGGAUUUAAAUCUAAUAAAACGCCUGAAAGUGAUUUUGGAAGUCAUAUCCAGCUACCAUAAAGUUGAUUUAAAAAAGUUUGCUCUAUAUGGGUAUGAGACUGCGAAGAUGUACAUUGAUUUAUAUCCCUGGCAUCCGAUGACUCCCACAAUGCAUAAAAUACUAAUACAUGGCGCAACUGUCAUGGAAAAUGCACUUUUGCCUAUUGGUUUACUGUCAGAAGAAGCAGCAGAGGCGCGUAACAAGCAUAUUCGACUGUACCGACAAAAUUACGCUAGAAAAUUUUCUAGACAGCAAUGCAAUUUAGAUGUAAUGAACAGAUUAUUGCUCAGCUCAGAUCCCUUGAUAUCAAGCAUCAGACCAAAACCUAAAAAGAGGUCUACGCCACAUAGUGAAGAAGCAAUACAAAUGCUUAUGCCUGCUGAGGCCCACACGGUUGAAGAGAAUUCCUCGGAUGAGGAAACGGCCGCAGAAGAGACUGAUAAUGAAAUAGAUUAA